AUGAUAUAAUAGAAAUAAUAUUUUAACAAUCUUAAAGAAUUUUUUAGCACUUAACUUUAAUCAUUUUAGGUUCUCCAUAUCCAUCUGGAAAAUAAAAAAAAUAAUAUUAGUGAUGAAGAUGCAUUAAUCUUAAGUUAUGGUUUAGGCUAGUGCAUUAAUCUCUCAAAUUUGACACUUGAUCUAAGGAAUAAUUAAAUUGAGGUAAUUAGGGCAAUUGGAAAAAUUGGUGCAUCAGGCAUCGGUUCUGGUUUAGGAAAGUGCAAUAAUCUCUCAAAUUUGACACUUAAUCUAAGGAGAAAUAAAAUAAGUGCAAUUGGUGCAUCAGACUUAGGUUCUGGUUUAGCAAAGUGCACUAAUCUCUCAAAUUUAACACUUGAUAUAGGGGAAAAUUAAAUUGGCCCAAUUGGCGCUUCAGGCAUAGGUUCUGGCUUAGGAAAGUGCAAUAAUCUCUCAAAUUUAACACUUGAUAUAGGGUAAAAUUAUAUUGAAGCAAUUGGCGCUUCAGGCAUAGGUUCUGGCUUAGGAAAGUGCAAUAAUCUCUCAAAUUUAACACUUAAUCUAAGAAUAAAUGAAAUUGGUGAUGGAGGUGCAUUAGGUUUAAGUUCUGGUUUAGCAAAAUGCACUAAUCUCUCAAAUUUGAAACUUGUUCUAGAGUUAAAUCAAAUUAGUGCAAGUGGUACAUCAGGCUUAGGUUCUAGCUUAGGAAAGUAUACAAAUCUCUCUAAUUUAACACUUAAUCUAAGUAAAAAUGUAAUUUGUUAUAAAGGAGCAUCAGGCAUAGGUUCUGAUUUAUUAAAGUGCACUAAUCUCUCAAAUUUAACACUUGAUCUAAGGGAAAAUUAAAUUGGUGAUGAAGGUUCAUCAGGCUUAGGUUUUUGUUUAGCAAAAUGCACUAAUCUCUCAAAUUUGACACUUGAUUUAGGGAAAAAUAAAAUUGGUGAAGAAGGCUCAUCAGGCUUAGCUACUGGUUUAGCAAAGUGUACUAACCUCUUAAAUUUGACACUUUAUCUAAUGGUAAAUUAAAUUGGUGAUGAAGGUUCAUCAGGCUUAGGUUCUUGCUUAGCAAAAUGCACUAAUCUCUCAAAAUUGACACUUCAUUUAGAAUUAAAUUAAAUUGGCGAUGAAGGUUCAUAAGGCUUAGGUUCUUGUUUAGCAAAAUGCACUAAUCUCUCAAAUUUGAAACUUAGUCUAUGGGAAAAUUAAAUUGGCGAUGAAGGUUCAUCAGGCUUAGGUUCUUGUUUAGCAAAAUGCACUAAUCUCUCAAAUUUGACACUUAACCUAUGGAUGAAUGAAAUUAGUGCUGGUGCAUCAGACUUAGGUUCCGGUUUAGGAAAGUGCACUAAUCUAUCAAAUUUGACACUUCAUCUAGGGGACAAUUAAAUUAAUGCUAUUGGGGCAUUAGGCUUGGGUUCUGGUUUAGGAAAGUGCACUAAUCUCCUAAAUUUGAAACUUGAUAUAGGAAUGAAUGAAAUAGAUGAUGAAGGUGCAUCAGGCUUAGUUUCUGGUUUAGGAAAGUGUACUAAUCUCCUAAGUUUGAAACUUGAUCUAGGGAAAAAUAAUAUAGAUGAUGAAGGCGCAUUAAUCUUAAGUUAUGGUUUAGGAAAUUAGAUUAAUCUCUCAAAUUUGACACUUGAUCUAAGUAAAAAUUAAAUUGGCGCGAUUGGUGCAUCAGGCUUAGGUUCUGGUCUAGGAAAGUGUAAUAAUCUCUCAAAUUUGACACUUAAUCUAAGGAGAAAUUAAAUUGACCCAACUGGUGCAUCAGGCAUAGUUUCUGGUUUAGCAAAGUGCACUAAUCUCUCAAAUUUGGCACUAAAUCUAGGGAAAAAUUAAAUUGGCGGAAUUGGUGCAUCAGGCAUAGGUUCUGGUUUAGGAAAGUGCACUAAUCUCUCAAAUUUGAACCUUAAUCUAAGUGAAAAUAAAAUUGGUGAUGAAGGUGCAUAAAGCUUAAGUUUUGGUUUAGGAAAGUGUACUAACCUCUCAAAUUUGAGACUUGUUCUAGAGCUAAAUCAAAUUAGUGCAAUUAGUGCCUCAGGUUUAGGUUCUUCUUUAGGAAACUGCAAUAAUCUCUUAAAUUUGACACUUAAACUAAGUAGUAAUGAAAUUGGUGACGGAGGUGCAUCAAGUUUAAGUUAAGGUUUAGCAAAGUGCACUAAUCUUUCAAAUUUGGUACUUGUUCUAGAGCUAAAUCAAAUUAGUUCAAUUGGUGCAUCAGGCAUAGGUUCUGGCUUAGGAAAGUGCACUAAUCUCUCUAAUUUAACACUUAAUCUAAGGAAAAAUAAAAUUGGUUCAAUUGGUGCUUCAAGCUUAGGUUCUUAUUUAGUAAAGUGCAUUAAUCUCUCAAAUUUGACACUUAAUCUGAAGGAAAAUUAAAUUGGUAAUGAAGGUUCAUCAGGCUUAGGUUAUUGUUUAGCAAAAUUCACUAAUCUCUCAAAUUUGGCACUUAAUCUAUAGUAAAAUAAAAUUGGCGAUGAAGGUGCAUCUGGCUUAGCUUAUGGUUUAGCAAAGUGUACUAACCUCUUAAAUUUGAAACUUGAUCUAGGUGAAAAUUAAAUUGGUGAUAAAGGUUCAUCAGGCUUAAGUUCUUCUUUAGCAAAAUGCAUUAAUCUCUCGAAUUUAUAACUUGUUCUUUGGAUGAAUAAAAUUAGUGCUGGAGCAUUGGGCUUAGGUUCUGGUUUGGGAAAGUGCACUAAUCUAUCAAAUUUGACACUUGAUCUAGGGGACAAUUAAAUUGGUGCAAUAGGGGCAUCAAGCUUAGGUUUUAGUUUAGGAAAGUGCACUAAUCUCCUAAAUUUGAAACUUAAUCUAGGUAUGAAUGGAUUAGAUGAUGAAGGUGCAUAAGGCUUAGUUUCUGGUUUAGGAUAUUGCACUAAUCUCCUAAAUUUGAAACUUGAUCUAAGUGACAACGAUAUUGAGAAAUUAAAAUAAUUUAAAGCAAAGUGCCUUAAAUUAAAAAGAUUAGUUGCUUUUAAAAUGUAUUUCUUUUGA